AUGGCUCCCAGUCACGUGGUCCUGAACUACCAGAGAGCCGGUUCUGCACUGGGAAUGGUUGAGGGUUUAGAUGUCUGUGCCACUUGCCAUGAACUUGCCACCUGCCAGCAAAGAGGAGGGAAGAAGAUCUGUAUUUGCAAUUAUGGAUUUGUGGGCAAUGGGAGGACCCAGUGUGUUGAUAAAAAUGAGUGCCAAUUUGGAGCUACUGUGGUCUGUGGAAACCACACAUCUUGUCACAACACACCUGGAGGCUUCUUUUGCAUUUGCUUAGGAGGAUACCGAGCCACGAACAACAACAAGACUUUCAUUCCCAAUGAUGGCACCUUUUGUACAGAGAUCGAUUGUGGCAGUCCCCCGGAAGUACAGCAUGCGGUCCUGGAGAGGAAUCACAGCUCCAGCCUGGGCAGUGUGGCUCACUAUGCCUGUCAAGAGGGCUUUGAGAGUCCCGGAGGAAAGAUCACUUCUGUGUGCACAGAGAAAGGCACCUGGAGAAAAAGUCCUUUGACAUGCACAGAAAUAAUGACAGAAAUUAGUGAUGUAUCUGUGUUUAAUAACACCUGUGUAAGGUGGAAAACAAACCCAGGAAGAAUGAAUGUCAGGAUUGUAUAUGUGAUAUCCAUUAAAGGACAACGGUUGGAUCCUGUGGAAUCAGUUCACAAGGAAACAGUCAACUUCACCACAGACAGCAGGACCCCAGAAGUGUGCCUAGACCUGUACAAAGGCACCAACUAUAGCGUGAGCAUUUCUGCUGCCCCUCCCCGACGCUCUGUGCCAGCCUUCAUUGGGUUCCAAACAACUGAAGAUGAUAUCUUACAAGAUGAUGGAGUUUUCAAUAUUUCGAUACUUAAUGAAACUUGUUUGAAACUGAAGAGGCAUUCUAGGAGAAUUGGAUCUGAACAAAUGUACCAAUUUAAAAUUCUGGGUCAAAGGUUGUAUCUGAAUCAUUAUUAUCAUGAAACGUCAUUUAACAUCACGACGAGGGAGCAAGCCCCAGUAGUGUGUUUAAAUCUGUACCCAGCAACUGAUUACACCGUGAAUAUUACCUUACUGGCACCUCCCAAGCAGCAUUCAGUACAAAUUAGAACAAGAACCGCACCAGCCGUAAAACAGACCAUCAUUAACAUUUCAAUAUUUAAUGAAACCUGCUUGAGGUGGAAAAGUUUGAAGACAGCUGAUGUAGAAGAGAUGUAUUUGUUCCACAUUUGGGGCCAGAGAUGGUAUCAGAAGGAAUUUGCCCAGGAAAUGGCCUUUAAUAGCACUACCAGCAGCCAGGCCCCUGAGAUGUGCUUGGACCUGCAUCCAGGUACCAACUACAGUGUCAGCCUCCUGGCUUUGUCUUCUGAACUUCCUGUGGUGAUCUCCCUGACAACGCAGAUAACAGAGCCUCCCCCUCCAGAAGUAGAGUUUUUCACAGUGCACGGAGGGCCUAUACCACGCCUGAAAUUAAGGAAAAUCAAGGAGAAAAAUGGACCUAUCAGUUCAUAUCAGAUACUGGUGCUUCCUCUGGCUCGUCAAAGCACAUUUCUUUGUGAUUCUGAAGGAGCAAACUCAUUUUUUAGCAACACCACUGAUGCGGACGGAUAUGUGGCUGCAGAGCUAUUGGCUAAAGAUGUUCCAGAUGAUGCCAUGGAGAUAUCUAUUGGAGACAGGCUGUACUAUGGGAAAUAUUAUAAUGCACCCUUGAAAAUAGGGAAGGAUUACUGCAUUAUAUUACGAAUCACAAGUGAAUGGAACAAGGUGAGAAGAUACUCCUGUGCAGUUUGGGCUCAGGUGAAAGAUUCAUCCCUCACACUGCAGCAGAUGGUGGGUGUUGGACUGGGCUCUGUGGUGGUCGUGAUAGUUCUUGCAUUCUUGUCCUUCUCAGCAAUGUGGUAUGUGACAUUGUCAUUUUUUGAGGAAUGA